AAAAUUCCCACCUCUGCAAAGUGUCGGUGACACAAUUAACCGUUUUUUCAUUUCCAUUCCAACUGCUUUCUGCCGGAAGCCGGAGCUGACAUUUACGGCGGCGUGUUGUUUAAUUUUGUGUUCACUCAAAAUGAAGCACCACCGUGUCUCCGCCUUGUUUUUUUCAAGCCUCUGCAGCUUUAUACUUGUGCAGGGACUGAGUCAGCAUAGUGUCCACCUUGAUACACAUUGGUACCCUGGAACUGCUACUUGGUAUGGUGAAGCUGAAGGAGACGGUAGCACAGGAGGGGCGUGUGGGUAUGGUAGUUUGGUGGAUGUGAAGCCGUUAAAGGCAAGAGUAGGGGCAGUGGGGCCAGUGUUGUAUAAGAAGGGAGAAGGGUGUGGGGAGUGUUAUAAGGUGAAGUGUUUGGACCAUAGCAUAUGCUCGAAGCGGGCAGUGACAGUUAUAAUAACGGACGAAUGUCCUGGCUGCCCGUCUGAUAGAACACACUUCGACCUUAGUGGUGCUGCUUUUGGUCACAUGGCUGUUAAAGGCGUGAAUGGUCAACUUAGAAAUAAAGGUGAAAUCCCAAUUGUUUACCGAAGAACAACAUGUGUAUACACUGGCAAAAAUAUUGCUUUCCAAGUUAAUGAAGGCUCCACACCAUAUUGGUUGUCACUUUUAGUUGAGUUUGAAGAUGGAGAUGGUGACAUAGGCUCCAUGCACAUACAAGAAGCUGGGUCAAGUGAGUGGCUACAAAUGAAUCAUCUAUGGGGUGCAAAUUGGUGUAUUAUUGCAGGACCUUUGAAAGGACCUUUUUCUGUUAGACUAAGUACAUCCACUGGGAGAGGGCUUACUGCUAAAGAUGUUAUUCCAUCUAAUUGGUCUCCAAAAUCAACUUAUACUUCUCGCUUAAAUUUCUCUCCUUAACUAAAUAAACUCACUCCCAAAGGGAGUAUAUAAGUAGAUAAUAUAAGCAUCUUUUUUACUAAGAUAAGGCAAAAUCAAGUCAGUGAUUUUGAUCGUCAGAUAUCAAAUCAACGGUGAAAUCAGCAAUAAAGAUUAUUUAAAGUUGAUUUAGUCGUGUGUAAUGUAAGUCGACAAAUGGACAUCCAAAAUCAAUUUAUACGUGGAAUUGUGUGUUAUAUUUUCUCUCCCUAGUAUAUAUAUUGAGAAAGAUAGCUGUUGAGUGUAUAAGGCUAUAUAUAUAUAGUGGUUUGUACUUUGUAUUUGUAUGUCUAGGUAGUUGAUUUUUAGUGUGCAAUUAUUUGUAUCAAGAAGUCAUUGUAGCCCACUCCAAAGAGGAGAGAGAGCUUGUAGUAUGAAUAAAUGAAUUUUCGUUGAUUGUUGCAUUA